UGUGCUCGUCUCGAAUCGUCUUCUCCAACUUAGCUCGUGGCUCGUGACUCAUCUUUACAGAAUAGCUUACGACACAAUCCAUGCUGUUGAGUAGAUAAACAGGAUCCAAUUGGAUUGGAAAAAUUCCCCUUUCUUUGAAUCUGUCCUUGUGUACACUGUACACCCAUGUGAGUGUGGGUGUAUUUACGAGGACCCCCUUUUUCCUAUAUCCUGGCUAAUUCAUUUUUACUGCGGAUGGAUGGAGUGGAGCACUUGUGGAAUCCUAGUCGUACUUUCCAGGCUUAAAGUGUGUUUGUUGACUCAGUUAGGGUUCAUUAAAAAACUCAAUUGUGAAACGACUGCAGAUCAGGCCCUGUUUUGUGCCCCACAACUUUGUAUGUGCUAUGUGGGUCUAAACAAUCAAAUUCGAAAAAUAUGUUAACCUUUAAUCAAUUUAACACAAGCUUAAGUAGGCCUAUGACCAAGAGGGACCUGCCGCCACACCGGCAUAUCUUAUCAUCGUAUAUCGUGAAGGAGGGAGGGCGGAGAGGCGGGUUUAACAAGGACCAAGAGGGUAACCUGAUAAGGUAUAAAAGUGUUCAUAGCGCCAAUGCGGUUUCAUUUAAACAGAGAGCGAUGCGGCGAGAAUACUUUGGCACAUCUUAACAAUUGUCUCCCGUGUUUGGUUCAGUCCCGAAAGCUUCUACACUCCCAGACGGACAUACGUACCAACGGAGCUGUAAUGCUGCAAUAUGACAGGAGCAAAAUUCUAGGGAACGGCACAUUUGCUACCGUCUUUUGGGGCACUUGGAAUGGAGAGGCCGUGGCCGUCAAACGAAUCGAAAUGCACAAAUUGAAUAAAAGAUUCAAAGACAGGGAAGAGGUAGCCAUGCGACAAAUGGACCAUCAAAACGUCCUAAAACUCAAGGAAGUACAGGAAAAUAUGGAUUUUAAAUUGCUAAUUUUAGAACUCUGCAUGGGAACGGUGCGUGAUUACGUCAACGACGUUAACGACGAGAAAAAGUUCAAUCAAAAGAUGCCGAUCGAGGUUGAAGCGCUGAUACAAAUGACCAAUGGGCUGGCUUACAUCCAUUCCCAGCAUUUUGUCCAUCGUGAUAUCAAACCGGAGAACGUCUUGAUAUCCUCCUCGUAUGUGUUGAAAAUCUCUGACUUUGGAGUCAGUAAACCCACACAGCCGACCGGAAGUUUCUCAGUGACUAGUGGCCCUCAAGGAACGAAAACUUACUUUGCUCCGGAAUAUCUGCGACUAGAGCAUCAAGAAUCGGAGGAAAGAAAAAACAUCAAAGCGGACAAAUCGAUCGACAUCUUUUCUUUGGGCUGCCUCUUUUUCACUUACAUAAUGAGAAAGGGUCCUUACGCUCACCUGUUCGCAACCCCAGGAAUGCAGUUCAAUUCCAAAGAAAACUACGACAUUGACGUCACUAAUAAUAUACUCAAGGACAAAAAGUUUCUGGAAAAGAACGGACUAUCAAAGGGACACUACGCGUUUAAAAUGAUUGACGGAAUGACCAAAGCCAAGUCUGAGGAUCGCUGGGGCUUGGACGAAAAAAAAUUUGGUUCCAACUCUCAGACAGUUAUUGAAACUCUGAAACUAGAACAACGACGUCAAAAUGGACCGAAGCAGACCGUAGUGUAGAGACCCAACAUAAUUUUUUUUAAAUAACAAUUCAACUCGCAUAAUCUGAAAAUAUAAUAAUUCAGUGGCCUCACAGUGUGCUAUCUUAAUCUAACGUUUUAUCACCUAUCAUGCUUUAAGGUCAAAUUUAGAUGUACAAUUGUAAAGCUUUCCCUAUUAGAUAAGAUUGAUAUCUAGUCGUCGCCUAGUACUGUAAUGCUUUCUAAUUAGAUGAAAUCGGAAAGGAGAAAACGGAGGAAUAAACGCUGCAACGUUGUGCGGCUCUGAAACAAGAACAUCCGAGAACAUCGACAUGAAAACAUCUGAAUCUGCAGAGAUUCUAGAAAAAGUCUUACAGUAUGACAGACAAAACAUGUUGGGGAGAGGCACGUUUGCAGCCGUCUUUUCGGGCACUCUGGAUGGACAGCCGAUCGCCGUCAAACGAAUUCUCCUAUACAAUUUGAAUAAAAAUUUCAAGACCAGGGAAGAAGCUGCCAUGAGAAUAAUGGAUCACCCGAACGUUCUGAAACUCCUGGACGUUAGAGAAGAUGCCGAUCUCAAGUAUUUGAUACUGGAAAUUUGCAUUGGGACUGUCCAAAAUUACAUUGACGGUGAUGAAAAGCUUACCGGUAAAAUGCCGUCCGAGAUUGAAGCUUUGUGGCAAAUGGCCGACGGGCUGGCUUACAUCCAUUCCAAAAAUAUUGUCCAUCGAGAUAUUAAGCCAGACAACGUGCUCAUUUCUUCCUCGUUCGUUAUUAAAAUCUCCGACUUUGGCGUCAGCAAACCCACCCAGCCAACCGGAAGUUUCUCUACAAACAGCGGCGCCAAAGGAACCAGGAUCUACUCUGCUCCGGAGUAUCUGCAACUGGAAGACAAGACCCUCUCCCCGGAAGAGAAGAAAACCAUCAGAGCGGACAAAUCGAUCGACAUCUUUUCUUUGAGUUCAAUUACAUAACCAAGAAAAGCCCUUACAAUCAUCUGUUCGCCACCCCCUAAAAGCAAUACUACUCGAUUGACGAUUUCACCAGUGACAUCACCACCAACAUCCGCAGCGGGAAAAUUUUUCUAAAAGACAUAAGACUACCCAGUGGGCACUACGCUUUAAAAAAUGAUUGACGGAAUGACCAAAGCCGAUUCCAAAGAUCGUUUGGGAUUGAAUGAAAAGAAACCUGGGUCUAACCCUGAAACAGUAAUUUAAAUUCUCAAGAAGGAAAUGAAAUAAAUGUGACGCAAAUUGAAAUUAAGGAAAUAAGUACACUGGAAACCUUUAAAUAAAACAAUCGUAACCCGGGAAACGUUGCGUGCCAUCCGUGCGGCGGACUCGGCGGACCCGGCUUCCACAUGUGUGCGUCACACUGUAUACCUGUCUCCUGCCCCUUAAUAAAAUACUCUCAUUUAUGAGAUUGGCUUUCAAAUGCCUUGAGAGAUCAUGAAAAAAUUACCAUUCAGCCAUACCCAUAAGGGUAUUUCUGAAUUCGAGUAAUCGAUAGGCAGCCAUAUGCAGGGCAACGCAGGUACUGGAAUAGAAUUCCCUGGAAAUAGUGGACAGCGGAAAAUCAAACGGAUAACUUGAUCGACAAAUUCGUGGUGGUCAGAUGCUUGACGAAAGCCAGCACGUGAAAAUGAGAGCGACAAUGGUGCUCCCAGUGUUUUACGUGCUGCUACAUUCCCUCGUGAUUGCGAGUUGUGAUUGGAAAGUCGGAGGUGUCCCCGAAGGUACUGCCAGUCAACUACCAAAGCCGCGCAAUUAUUUACAAGGAAAGGAAUUGCAAAUCGUUGCAGGCCAUUUUCCACCACCGAUUGUUAUUUCAAGAAAUUCUUCCGGACAAGUAAUUGGAUAUUCUGGCGUGUUGGUUCACCAACUCCUCUAUCUGUCCCAGAGGUUAAAAUUCACGUACAAAAUAUUUCCAGCGGCGGUUAACACAAAUGGAGUCAAAAUCAACGGAACUUGGAAUGGCAUAAUAGGAACCCUUCUAAGAGAAGAAGCCGACUUGGGUCUAGUGCCGGUAGCUAUUUCUCUAGAACGGUACCAAGCUAUUGACUUUUGCGGAUUGGUUGGCGGGGACUUCACUGGCCUUUUAGUCAAAUAUCCUACCUCUGCCGUUUCCUAUACUGCCACCAUCGACGUGUUCACUAUUGGAACCUGGUUCGGAUUCAUAAUAUGUGCAACCGUUAUUGCCGGAUUUUAUCUCAUACUGACCUUCAUGGCCAAAAAAUUACUCGAGUCUCUGGCACUUGUCGAACGUAUCGCGGCAAACUCCAGAGUCGUUGCAAACGGAGGAGGCUCUCGAUUCGGCCAGUGGUCGCAACACCUUCUACUCCUCACCUGGAGUCUGGUAGCUUUCGUCUUCGUCAAAACCUACACUUCUACUUUAACGUCCCAUUACAUGUCGACGAUCUACAAAAGUCCGGAAAUCAAUACCUUUGCAGACCUGGCAGCUUCUACAACCUACAAGGCAACCGUCGGGGUCGGAUCAAUCCAAGAAAUUGAUCUAUUGAUGGCAAAGACGGGGGAUCUGAAACGCGUUGCUGACAAUCUCAGCAAGUGUCCAGAAUGCAGGAAAUUCAGCUUGGACGAACUAGCCUUGCCCGUUUUAGAGAAGGACCACUAUGUUGCGAUAACGCCCACAAAAGUUGGAAGAGCUUUAAUGCAAAAGUAUUCGUCCGAGAGAGGCCACUGUCGCCUCACAAUGGCGAAAGAAUUAUUUUCGUGGAAGCCCAUGUAUUUUGCAGUUCCAAAAUCCAGUCCUUAUCAGGAGGAAAUUAAUCGAGAGUCCUUAUGGUUUCAUGCUGCUGGACUACACGAUUAUUGGUAUUUUAAGCUUGAAAAGUUUCCACGGCACUGCCAGCUGAAUUACAACAACAAAGGAGUCGUGACGAAAAGAUCCAGUAGAAGCCGACUUAAACUUCAGCAGUUUUACUUGCCAUUUUUAAUUCUUUUCAGUGGUUUCAUGCUGGCCAUCGUCCAGUUUUGUCGCGAAAGAUUUAUUCAUUCUCGAUGAGGACUUAUUUUCCUUUACAAGAUAAAAGAUACUAAGAUAGUAUGUAUAUCGCAACACUCCGUUAUUUUUAAAUACUAUAAAGUAAAAAGGACUACAUAAAACUUUAACAGUUGUUCUUUGAUUCUUGUGUAAAAUUCAAAAUUUGUUAAUUAUUAUUACUGUAAGGUAUAUAUAAUCAGUUUAAGCCUUAUAUUAUAUAUUCCGUGGUACAGGUUGUUUACUGGUCUUAAGUUGGAGUCAAAUAAAGACAAAA